CUUAAUCGAUCAGUGGUUCCCAAUCCCUUGAGCACCGAACACAAAUGCUAAGUCAAACAUGUCAGCAAGUUGAAGAACAGAAGCAUUUUUAACAGUUCCUGCACAGCAUGAUUACUGGAAUAAACAUCGAGUGAGAUUACAGACCUGGAGGUAAAGCACAGAUCGGGCAGGGAUGGACUCGCUGAACUUUGAGUCAGAGAUGGAGGCGGAUGGGCAGGGCAGUUAUUCUCUGUUUCCAGCGCUGGACAGCAUGAACAGCCUGACUAGCCUGACUGGAGCCGCCGAGAGUCUCGACGCUGAAACCCCCAGUGAGGUUGCAGAAAAACCGAACCUCACAUGGCUCGAUGCUGCUCAGAUCGUCCUGGAAGAGGCUGGGCGGCCCAUGCACAUCAAGGAGAUCAAGCAGCGGAUCAUCGAUCGUGGACUGGUGCAGUCAAAUGCAAAGUCGAGCCUUGAGGCGGUCAUGUAUCGAGAGACACAGAAAGGCAGCAGACGCUUCAAGAGGAUUGAGAGCAGAAAUGGAGUUUUUGCCCUGUUGACUGAUGAGGAGAGACAGCAUGCAUUGCAGGCGUUUUCUGCUCAGUCCACCUUCUCCAGUUCAGGGUCCGGUUCGUCGCUGGGACACCUUCCUUCUCCCCCGAGCCACGCCGAGUCCAGGCCUAAGGUCAGGAAAGGUCCUCGCAAGAACCAAAAUGAGAAGUACCGACUGAAGUACAUCCGUCUGCGCAAGGCUGCCCGUUCCAUGAUCUUUGAAAACGCAGCACUUUAUGAUGAGAUUGCUCACCUGGAAGAGAAGUUUGUCCGGGCAAAAGAAGAAAGGAGAUUCCUGCUGAAGUCUUUGUUGCAGUUUCAGUCUCUGUCUGAAGGAGAGGCCGUCCCGACUCCCAGCUGCAGCACACACACACACACACCCGUCACGAUGAGCUCCAGCACACCAGGGGGCGCUGCCCUACCAGCGAGUCAAAGCCAGACCCCUGGACUCUCAGCAUCUGAAGACUGCCUGUUGAAGAAACCCAAAAAAGAACGAAAAGAGAGAGGAAGAGAGAACGGCAGGGAGGAAUUCAUGAAGAGGAUUUGCAAGAGGAGGAAGGUUGUAGAGGGAGGAGUGCGUAAGCUUGUUAAGCCCAUCUCGCUGGACUCUUCCGGGAGACCUCUCUUUCCCAUCGUCCUCGGCGGACUGACCGUGUACAGCCUAGGAGAGAUCAUCACAGACAGGGCUCUGUUUCACGACGACACUGCUAUCUAUCCUGUGGGCUUCUGCAGCACAAGAGUUUUCGCCAGCAUGAAGAACUCUGAUCAGAAGUGUCUCUACACCUGCCAAAUCAAAGAUGGCGGCCAGGGUCCUCAGUUUGAGAUCGCACCAGAGGAUGACCCACAGAAUGCGAUCGUUGCUUCAUCUGCGCUCUCCUGCCACACAAACCUGCUCAAGGCCAUCGCUGCCCGCAGUGCCAAACCCCUGAUCAACGUUGUCCCGUCUGGAGCAGACUUUUUUGGUUUCUCUCAUCCUACCAUUCAGAACCUGAUCCAGAGCUGUCCUGGGGCUCGCAAGUGCAGCAAUUAUCAGUGGGUGCGUUUCGAGGUGUGUCGGCCCGGGGACGGACAGGUGGCACACGGCCUUUCAGAAGAUGAUGCGUCUGUGAACUUUGAGUCGUUUCAGCGAGUGCAAAGCUGUGAGGAGAGCCUGACCAAUCAGAACCUUCCGGCAGAACACAGCAGCACAGUGCGACCCCUACAGGCCACCAUCUCCUCAUCUCCCCUGCUGAGCUCGGCCGCGCUGCACAACACAUCCGUCACUGCUCUCUCCAACACUUGAGCUGAUUCAAACUCCUGUCUGAGCUUCACUUUCCAAUCGAGGAUCCCUUCAUAUAUCCAAAUGGGUCUGUUUACAGAAGUACAACUCAAUCAUGGAUUCGUCAUUUGGCACUCAGAUCUGCAUUAUGAAAAAAUAAUGACGGUUAAACUGGAUGGAUCUCCGCAUGCAUGCCGCACUAUUAGUCAGACCUUUUUUUUUUACGUGAUAAAAAGCAAAGUCCUUGUCAUGUCUGUUUUAUUCGUUGUACUCUAAAAGUGUGAUGAUCGUUGUCCUUACUGUGAGAUGUUUAGGAUAAAAUGGAGGAUUCAAACCUUAAGCUUUUAGUGUUAAUGCUACAGCAUAUAAUAGAAUGAAACACAAAGCACGAUAUUGUGCUGGGUAUUUUAAACACACUGCAGUUUUAUCAUCUGCCGCUUUAAACGCUCGAGCUCUGUUUUUACCAUUCAUGUUUUGAAAAAAAAAAAAAAAAAUCUUUUAAAGUGGUUUUAACAAUACGGUGCCUCUGAGCAAUCAUCAUUAUAGUUAUGGUGUGGAGAGCCUCAACGGCUCCUUCAGAAGCCACACACUUAAGCAAAACCCUUCAGGCUUUUAUCUUUCAUUAUGUUGGCCAUUCCAUGUGUUUAAAGAGAAAUUCAUAAAAACUAUUUUGAUAUUAUACCCAACUUAAUUGUAAUGCUAAGUGAUGAUGUGAGCUUUCAGAACAUAUUAAACAUAAAGUUUCAUGUUGUCUGAGAACUGA